AUGUUCGAUGUCGAUCGAUGCUCGAGGCCGACUGUGGGGAACCCCGCUUCCCCAGAGCAUGUCGGGCCGGGGAAGGAAAUCCGUGUGAAGUUCGAUCUGGAAUACGAGGGCAUGGCAGCAGCCGACCAACCACCUGAUGGAUGGUACCUGCUCCCACCCGAUCUUUUAGAGCUCCAGAUUGGACAAAUCGAUUUACUCCUAGCCAUGUAUCCCGAUGAAGCCAUCAUUGAAGAAGACUCACAAGAACUUUUGGACCGCUUGCGACUAUCCGCAGAAGGUGUGGACGUGAAGUUCGAUAUUGCACCAAACGUUUCGAUAUUUCUACGGAUAACAAUCGACGGCAAUCUCGCACAGCAUGAAUCGUUGCAAUUGAAUCUCACCUUUUCUUUCAUACCCAUGGACAAAAGCGACGUCCAUGACCCACCACCAGCUAAGAUUCGGGCACAACAACCACCAUGGCUGAGUAGACUCGCAACAGCCCAAAUGAUGCGUGAAGUCGAAGAUGGAGAGGACUUGUUCAGCACCCUUGAACGCAUCAAAGAGCAAGCGAGCCACCAGCUCCAACUAUCCAACAACGCACUGGCAGCUCGCUCCUCAACCAACAGUCCAGAACAAGCAGGUCCCCUCGUACGAGUCUGGUUCUACUUCCCCUCCAUCAGCACGCGAUCCAAGCGCGACGACUUCAUCAACCACGCGCCCUCUUACCAUCUCACCGGCUUUCUCUACGCCGGAAAACCAGGCCUUCUCUGCGUCGAGGGCGCCUCACAGAGCAUCGACGACUAUAUGAAGUUCAUCAAGACAGAAAGCUGGGGCGAUAUCCCUGCCCAUCACAAGAAAGUUAGUGAGCGCCAUAGAGAACGUAUUGAGAAGAGGACUUUUUCCGAUAUGACUGAGACUACCAAUACUGUGGGCGAGAGACAUGGCCAACGGGCCAAUCGGGGGGAUAUGAAGGCGAUGGAAGAUUGGCUGAUAGAACGAGGGUUGGGUGAUGCUUUUGCAAAGGUUUUGAUGUGA